AUGCCAGCUACAUUAUCAAAUAAACCAGCAGUUAUGAAAAGAAAACCCAUGAAAGAAAUUUUGAACCUAGCAGAACCGUCAACAUCAACAGAUCAUUACUCUGAAUGCUCGGUACAUCAAUUACAUACAAAAAUGGAAGGAAAUACAUCUCACAAAGAAAAUCUUGAUCCGGUUACUGCGAUGCAAGCACCUGUGAUAUCAACAAAUCCUGUAGUUAUAAAGAAAAGGGCUGAAAUGGUUUUAGGAGGAACAUUAGCAGUCAAGAAAAAGACCAAAAGGGUAUUUCAGACCAAGGUUGAAAAAGAGCUGCUUAAGCAAAUUAUAGCAUCUAAAAUAAAAAUCAAUUUUCAGUCGCACUGUAUCAUCAAAUAUGGGAUACCUAGCAGAUAA